AUGAUACAUGCUGCAUGUGUUUUCAAUAUAACUACAAGGGAGCAGUCGAUCUAUCUCAAUGGAUUACCUGAUGGCAUCAAUAUUCCUACAUCCCCUCUCCUAGUAUUUAUGGGUAAUGCUAUCAUUGGCAACAAUCCAACUUUCGUGCCGUUGGAAGGAACAAAUGUUUUUCAGGGCUACAUAGAUAAAUUAACGGUCAGUCGUCGUCCAAAAAGUGCAUAUGAAAUACUCGAAGAAGCUACACUUGCUGCUCGUUUUCCUUUUGACAAUACGACCAUCCUCGUUGAUUUUGGACCUAACGCAGUAUCAGCAAAUGCUUCGUCUUAUUCGAUUUUAACUAACGGUCACUCCCUUCAAGCAAUUGGAUUCAAUGGUUCAAUGUCUUAUUUUCAAACGUGGGGUUUUACUCAAUUCAGUAUCAAUAAUCAACCAUUUUCGAUAUCUCUUCAAAUGGUGCACUCGUUGCUCAAAUCUCGAAUGGAACAACAAUAUUAUCUGUUAUUGCUCCGGAUUUUAUUCCUCUGUCGACACCAUCCUGGACUCAUAUAG